AAGAGCAGCGGUUUUUUGUUUUUAUAACCCUUCAUGUUACUGGCAGCGACUAGUAGCCUUGUGUUAGCCGUGAGGAUUUACUGUAUCACCGGAGACACAGGCGUAGUUAGUUUUAAAAGAAGAGACAUGUGUUCCUUCGUCUCGGACUCGUCAGAGCAUUAUGUCAACAGUUUAGAGGUUUAUAACGCAAAAUGCGGACAACGUAGAAAGAUCAUCGAGCUGUUACAAGAUCACCUGCCAGAAUUGAUUCAAAGGACUGCUGAAAGGACUCUACACAAACAACGACCCGAGUGUUUCGGAUCUGGAUCUGGCAAGACAGAUUUGGAAGCCUUGAAAUUAAUCAAGCGAGAAUUACAUAAAAGACAACACGGCUCUCGAACCAAGCUUCUCAACCGAGCUCUUGAACCAAAUGAAUAUUCAUGUCGUCUCUACGAAGCUGCAAUUGAAAACCUGCCAACACCACUGGACGAUCACCUGACAGAGAUCGAAAUUUGCCAGCAAACCUUUCAAGAGUACGUGGAAGGCCAAAAAGAACCAAUCAAGAAGUUUCACAUCGUUCAUUUUCUACACAGUCUCUACUAUAUCGACUUCGAACUGGCUUUGACUCAUUGUUUUGAGAACGAACUUUGUGGCGGUGGAGCUGUGGUAUGUGUCAUAGAUGGAAAGGAUCUACUGUAUUGCAUUUCCAAGCUAAGGAAAAGACGUCAGGGUAUAGUCAGCGAGAGCUACGAGCGAAGUGAGAAGAUCAUCAAGAUUGCUAACGACAAGGGCUGGAAGCAUGAAAUAUACAGCCAGGAGUAUUCCACUGAUGUUACCGAUGUGUUUGAUGAGAAAUCAACCGAAGGAAAUCUGCUUCUCGACUUCUUUACACACACUUUGAAUUUUCGUGAGACGGCGGACAAACAACUGCUAGAAGAUUUACUUGCACUGAUUAAAGACAACACUACUGUCAAGGAUGGAAAACUUUUGGGAGACAAAAGUGAAUCGCUUAUUCUUUUGUAUAAAUGACCCUCUUGACUUUCGAAGGACAGUUGGUCAUCCCGGUGCACUCCCAAAUAAAAAGGACAGGGGUGUUCGUCGGAAAUUUUGAAAAGAAUCCCUAAGAGUUAUCAAGAUCCUGUUUUGUGAGCAAGGUGAAAUUUCUUUCAACCCUUGGAGGUACAAUUCGAAAACAACAACUGACACUUUCAAAAUUUGUAAUUGUGAUUUAGACAAUUGCUUUGAACACCUACUAGUAAAGUUGAUUGUCCACUA